AUGUUAUUUUUGCAGCCAAGUAAUUUAUUGAAUAGGCUUAAAACCUUUAGAUAUAAGAGCCCCUACCCUUUACCAACAGUUUAUCCAUCAGGUAGAAGAUCUGUUGUUCUUAUAUUGUUGUUCAUUGGUAGACAAGGUGAUUUAAGAGUACUUUUAACUAAGAGGUCAAGGGGUCUUAAGUCAUAUUCAGGUCAUGUAUCGUUGCCUGGGGGUAAAGCAGAUAGUGAUUCAGAAACUGUUGAACAGAUUGCAAGGAGAGAGGCUGAAGAAGAAAUAGGAUUACCAAGAGAUCCUAUUGUAUUGAGGGAUAAAUAUGGUAUGGGGAUUGAAAAUGUAUUAGUCGAUAUGCCAUGUUAUAUGUCUACUAGUUUCUUAAGUGUCAAACCUUUAGUGUGUUUUUUAUUUAAUGAUAGCAAUAAAGAUUCGAGGUAUACAGAACCAUUAAAUGUAAAUGAUUUCUUUGGGAGGUUAAAUCCUGGUGAAACUUCAUCGAUCUUUUCUGUUCCUCUUUCUGAUUUAUCCUGUCAUUUAUUUCCCAAGAAUAUUGAUUAUACCCCAGAAUAUGUUAAUAGAAGAAGAGAUAUUGAAAAUUGGGGAGGUUUAGAUUUAAAAGUUUACCAUUAUAAUUUCCCUACGGUGAACCCAAAUGAUGAAAAUUGGCUUAAUGACGUUAUUGAUACAAGCUCAGGUGAUGAACUUGAAGAUGGAUUGAAGUGUCGAGAUUGCUGGGGGUUGACGGCAAACAUCAUAUAUGAUGUUUCAAAAAUUGCCCAUGGAAUUAUAGACUCAUCUCCAGACAAUGCACCUCAAAUUGGAUCUGAACCAUUAUUAUAUGGACUUUAUGAACUUGGUGGUCAGUUAAGACCUGGAAAGAGAAGUGACUGGGAAUCAGGAAUGAUUACUUUUAGAAGGAAAUUUAAGUACAGUGAUGUUUUGCCAGCAUUUUAUCUUGAUAAGUUAGAAUUGAGAUAUGAUUCUGAGCCAGAAGAUGAAGAAUAA